AGCUUGCCCUUGGGAACCACUCCCUCUGUGGGUCCCUCCGGGCACCUGCUGCCAGGUGGGCUGCGCCCAGGGCUCAGAACGGAUGGGCAGCCCAGGCUGCCACUGCCUUGCCUGGCCCUGCUUGCGGAGGCCAGUGUUAGUCUACGGCUGAGCGGCACCUGCACAGCUGGAAACUAUGCCCCAGACGUCCGUGGUCUUCUCCAGCAUCCUCGGGCCCAGCUGUAGUGGACAGGGGCAGCCCGGCAUGGGGGAGCGAGGCGGUGGGGCCGGCGGCUCUGGGGACCUCAUCUUCCAAGAUGGACGUCUCAUCUCGGGGUCCCUGGAGGCCCUGAUGGAGCACCUGGUCCCCACAGUGGACUAUUACCCUGACAGGACGUACAUCUUCACGUUUCUCCUGAGCUCCCGGGUCUUCAUCCCCCCUCAUGACCUGCUGGCCCGCGUGGGGCAGCUCUGCGUGGAGCAGAGGCAGCAGUUGGAGGCUGGGUCCGAGAAGGCCAAGCUGAAGUCCUUCUCAGCCAAGAUCGUGCAGCUGCUUAAGGAGUGGACGGAGGCCUUCCCCUUUGACUUCCAGGACGAGAAGGCCAUGGCUGAGUUGAAGGCCAUCACCCAUCGGGUUACCCAGUGUGAUGAGGAGAACGGCACUGUGAAGAAGGCCAUCUCCCAGAUGACACAGAGCCUGCUGCUGUCCCUGGCUGCCCGGAGCCAGCUUCAGGAGCUGCGGGAGAAGCUCCGCUCACCGGCCAUGGACAAAGGGCCCGUCCUCAAGGCCAAGCCUCCAGCUGCUCAGAAGGAUAUCCUGGGCGUGUGCUGUGACCCCCUGGUGCUGGCCCAGCAGCUGACACAUAUCGAGCUGGAGAGAGUCAGCAGCAUCCACCCCGAAGACCUGAUGCAGAUUGUCAGCCACAUGGACUCCCGGGACAAGCACAGGUGCCGAGGGGAUAUGACCAAGACGUACAGCCUGGAGGCCUAUGACAACUGGUUCAACUGCCUCAGCAUGCUGGUGGCCACCGAGGUGUGCCGGGUAGUGAAGAAGAAGCACCGGACCCGCAUGCUGGAGUUCUUCAUUGACGUGGCCCGAGAGUGCUUCAACAUCGGCAACUUCAACUCCAUGAUGGCCAUCAUCUCUGGCAUGAACCUCAGUCCUGUGGCGAGGCUGAAGAAAACGUGGUCCAAGGUCAAGACAGCAAAGUUCGACGUCUUAGAGCACCACAUGGACCCGUCCAGCAAUUUCUGCAACUACCGGACAGCCCUGCAGGGGGCCACGCAGAGGUCCCAGACGGCCAACAGCAGCCGGGAGAAGAUCGUCAUCCCCGUGUUCAACCUUUUCGUCAAGGACAUCUACUUCCUGCACAAAAUCCACACCAACCACCUGCCCAACGGACACAUUAACUUCAAGAAAUUUUGGGAGAUCUCCAGGCAGAUCCAUGAGUUCAUGACAUGGACACAGGUGGAGUGUCCCUUUGAGAAGGACAAGAAGAUUCAGAGUUAUCUGCUGACAGCUCCAAUCUACAGCGAAGAAGCUCUCUUCAUCGCCUCCUUUGAAAGUGAAGGUCCAGAAAACCACAUGGAAAAGGACAGCUGGAAGACCCUCAGGACCACUCUCCUUAACAGAGCCUGAAGGCACGGAUGCGGCCUGCAGACGCUGGAUGAAGCACACUUAUGUACUGAGUUUUAAUCUUGAUUGAUAUGGGUUGAGAUGAGGAGGCCUCACUGGUUGGGGUCCAUUUUGUACAUAACUUUUAUGAAGAAAAAAAUAAUUAUUUCAUGCAUCAA